UCUUCUUCUUCUUCUUCUUCUUCUUCUUCUUCUUUGUUUGAUCUAUCCUCGCAGGAAAACCUAUAUCGACGUAUAUAGUAUAUAUAGAUACACGCGUAUAAGAUAUAUAUACAGGGACAUAGUUGUUGAGAGAAAGAGAGGAAGAUGGGUUCGGAGUUGAUAUUCAGGGGCCACGAGGCUCAGCCAACGGGCGAUGCAUACUCUCCGAAGCCACCGAAGCCAUGGCUCACCGUGAUUCGGCCGAUUCGCUACAUGCUUCGCGAGCAACGACUCGUUUUCGUUCUCGUCGGCAUUGCCAUCGCCACCUUGGUGUUCACGAUCCUUCCGUCCUCUCACGGUCCUUAUGGCCAUAAUAAUGUCGCGAUCUCCGGUUCCUACUUCGAUUCCCAGCCGAUGGAGUCUCGCAUGGCUCACCGGAUCACCUACCAGGACCGUGUCGGAUUGGAAUCAUUCCAUUCCGGCGGUAAAAUACCUCUGGGACUAAAACGAAAGGGUCUUCGGAUUGUGGUCACCGGUGGGGCUGGGUUUGUUGGUAGCCACCUGGUGGACCGUCUAAUCGAAAGAGGUGACAGCGUUAUCGUCGUCGACAAUUUCUUCACCGGUCGUAAAGAGAACGUGAUGCACCAUUUUGGGAACCCUAGAUUCGAGCUCAUCCGACACGACGUCGUGGAGCCGCUAUUGUUGGAGGUCGAUCAGAUCUAUCAUCUCGCUUGCCCUGCCUCUCCUGUUCAUUACAAGCACAACCCUGUCAAGACAAUUAAGACAAAUGUGGUAGGGACUCUGAACAUGCUUGGAUUGGCCAAGAGAGUUGGAGCGCGGUUCUUGCUAACGAGCACCAGUGAGGUGUACGGUGAUCCCCUGCAACACCCUCAGGUGGAGACGUACUGGGGCAAUGUCAAUCCCAUCGGUGUACGAAGUUGCUACGAUGAGGGAAAGAGGACAGCGGAAACGUUGACCAUGGACUACCACAGAGGUGCUGAAGUUGAGGUGAGGAUUGCCAGAAUUUUCAACACAUAUGGGCCUCGGAUGUGCAUUGAUGAUGGUCGGGUUGUCAGCAACUUUGUUGCUCAGGCCUUGAGGAAGGAGCCAUUGACAGUUUAUGGGGACGGGAAGCAGACAAGGAGUUUCCAAUUUGUUUCAGAUUUGGUGGAAGGUCUAAUGCGCCUGAUGGAAGGAGAACAUGUGGGACCUUUUAAUCUUGGAAACCCCGGUGAAUUUACCAUGCUUGAACUGGCUCAGGUGGUCCAAGAAACAAUAGACCCCAAUGCGAAGAUUGAGUUCAGACCCAACACAGAGGAUGAUCCCCACAAGAGGAAACCUGAUAUCUCCAAGGCGAAGGAGCAGCUCGGUUGGGAGCCAAAGGUGCCUCUUCGCAAGGGUCUCCCUAUGAUGGUUUCAGACUUCAGGCAACGCAUAUUUGGCGACCACAAGGACGAUGGUGCUUCUACGUCCAAAGCUUAAGCUACACAUGAGCUUUUCCACUGACAAUUGGAAAGAGAUAUUUGUUGAGCAGAAACAAUUUCUCUUUAUUCUCUCCAAAGCUAGUACAGCAGGGGAUGCUGCGACAGAAGCUCGGACCCCUACUUCCUUUUGAAUAGUGUUGCUGCAUCUUCAGCGUUUGUCAUUUUUUGUAUUUUCCGCGGUCUUAUCGUUUAAGUAAGCUGAUUAGACAGCAAGUUUAGGAAUUUUACAGGAAUAACUUCUAUUUUUCCGUUGCAAUCCUCAAUUGCAAGAGAAGCAGAUUUGUACGUGUUUUUCAGUAUUCAAAUAUUAUCACUUUGUUCACAAUGUUGUCAUAGCGGGUCUGAAAUCUUCUUAUUACAAGAUGCAUCCCCCCCUCCCCAAAAC